AUGAUUCCCCUCAAAACCAUAUUUCUCCCUUCUUUCUAUAUUUCUACCAACACCUUCACUUUUACUACUCUGCACCACCCUCACAACACAGCCGGAAGAAGUUCUGUUUUCCUGUGUCUCUGUAGCACCAACAACUCCAAUGAUAAAUCUGAUAGUAAUUCAAAACCUGAAGGUGAUGUUCAAAGCCAAGAGUUAUUGGCUCAAAUUGCAAUGAUUCAGACACAAAAAGUUCGUCUAACGGAUUUUUUGGAUGAGAGAUCUGAAUACUUGACACAGUUUGGUGAAGAAGCUAAAGCCGAGAUUGAUAAGAUUGGUGAAGAUGCUCUUAAAGGAUUGGAUGAAGCUAGUGAUAGAAUAACAGCAAACAUAGAAACCCAGAUGCUAGCAUUUGAGGAAUUUAAUGAACUAAACAAACAAGAGAUUGAGGAGAGUGAAAGCAAAGUAAUGGAACUUGAAGGUCAAAUGGAAGUUGACAGAAAUGAAGGACUAUUCUUUAAGAACUUAGGACAGAAAGGGUCUAACGUUGAUAAAGCAAAAGCUAAAGAAGAAGUGGAAAACAUCAAAGAUGAAACAAAAGAGAAAAGUGGAAGAAAAACAAUGAAAAAUGUUUCUUUAUUCUUCAUUGGACUUUUGACAUAUGGAAUAGUUGGUUCUAUUAAUGUCUCAUCUUUAAGUAGUACUGAUUGGAAAAGAGUUGCAGUUCUUGGUGCUAUUCUUGUGGCUUUGUUUUCUCAGUUCAUUUAUGAACAAAAUAAAGAUGAUCAACAAUGA